UCGGCAACUCGCAUUCAGUGGUUAUCAGGACAUUGAUUAGUGUGUAGACAGCUCUCCUCUGCAAUACUGUCCAGCGAGAGAGCCUUUAGCAUCGAAAUAUCGUCUUUUCACUCUGAGAAAAAAAAAAUCCACAGGAAACGGAUUAUGAUGCCCAGGGAGACAUCCACCUACAUAACGCUGUGUGUAUUAGCCCUUCUCAGCACUUGCUCAGUCAUCAAUGCAACGUCCACCACAAACCAAAAAAUAAAGAUACAGACUCUAAACUACAAAUGGGUUGGCAAGGAAAAGGCAGAAGUGACAGCGUGUCUUGAAAGCGAGGUGGACGGGACCCCCUUCGGGCAGGUCGACCUCCUCGUCACCAACGCUCUCGGGAGGGCGUGGCGGACCAGAGGAGGAGGAGGAGCGUUGAAGAAAACGGAGGAGGGUGUUUGCCUCGCUGGGAUAAGUCUCGAGAAGAAGGACUUGGUGAAGACGUUGAGCUUCAGGAUCUUGGAGAGCGGGACUGAUGAAUCGAUUCAGGAGCUGGAGACGUUCUUCAUAGUCCCAGAGGUAACUCCCAUGAGCAAAGGCAUGUACGAGAUCUGCUGGGAUGACCCCGAAGGACUCGCUUUUGCCUUGGCCGAAGGAGACGUUGCUCAGCCGCUCGUCUCUCCCCCGGCCGGAUGCCACGAAUGCUGCCUUUACCUUACUUCAAGGAGUCCAGCCGACCUCGUGACUCUGGAAACAGCUGGUACAAAAGACUCCUUCGUCAGACAGCUGGUGCAAGUCCGCCUGCCUGAAAACCUCGAGGACUAUCAAAUGAAUCCACAUUCAUCAGUUCCACUCAUCAUCAAGGAGCUCCACAAGGUAUCCAGGGACGACGACGCGAGCGGAAGAGAUCAGAACAUGAAAGUUUUCUUGGAUGCUCACCAAGCAACAGAGGCAGAUGAUUUUAUACUUACUCUGACAUCAAACGGGGAACAGAAAUCUUAUAAACUGCUUAACAUCAUCAAUGAAGAUGCCACCGAGCUUGAGUUUGAGGGAAAAUUUCAAGAUUCAACUAAUGUCAUCAUAACAGCUAUGAAAGAUGGGACCUCUGUGGGAUUUGGCUCCGUGAAUCAGAUCAUAACAGACCCGGGUUCUAGGGUGGCGAGGGUAGGGGACGCCAGCGCUCCGUCCCUCAGGGUGGACCCAGGGGCGCGAAACCAGGUGGAUGUCCCUGACAAGCCUCCCUGCGCGAGAGGCUCUGGCCCUUGCUACUACAUCGGCCAUAGCGCCCCCCUGCCCACCCUCUGCGACGGCUUUCCCGAGAUCAGAUUCUGCGACGCCGUUGUGUCGGAAGUGCAGAACCCGCCCGACGCCCCGGCCCUGGAGCUCCGCAACCGGCAGGAGCUGCGAGUGCAGCAGCCCCGGCCCGACGGAACGUGGACUGAGGUCGUGGUCUCCUGGGACGGCUCCAUCCUGUCUCCCGACGGCUUCGGCUGCGACGACCUGGGCGACGGCAUUUGCUCGCAGCCUGUGGCCGUCGCGGACGCUUUCGACGUGACGCUCGUCGUGCUGGACGACGACGGCUACGUCACGACGUCGCUCAUUGUGCCCUUCGAAGUGCACGGCGUCGCCGCGCUCUCCCUCUCCUCGGACGUCCUGCAGGUGGAGGUCGACCCUCGAUCGGGGGGCACCUACGAGGUCACGCUGCCCGGCCCCUCGUCCCCCCCCGCGGCCACCCUGGAGUGUCAGGCUGGGUCGCCGUGUCGCGUCUGGUUCGCCGGGGUGGAAGCGCCCCCCUCAGUGAGCGUCACGAAGGAAUCCAAUACCGUUUAUGAGGAUAUAACUACAGAAACGCCUCCUCCCGCGUCACAAGUGCAGAUCAUCACCUCCAUGGACGCUGAAACCCAGACCCGAGUCCAAGUCCAGAGCAGCAACACCGUCACGCAGGUCGAACUCGUGACCUUCGUGUCCAGUGUCGCCACCGAAGAUGACUGCGAAGACCUUGAAGCAUUCGCCGGGAAUUCCGAGUAUUACUUCGACGCAUCUGUGCGAGGACCUGGAGGCUGGGACUUUGUCGUUGCCGGGUACUGUGAUGACGGGUCCUUGUGCGAAGUGGGCCAGGCCAGCGUGAUCCUCUUGGACAUGGACUCCCGGGUGGGCGUGGUGGGCGCCGCCCUAGGCUCCCCAGACGCCUCUGUCAGAGUCGAUGUCGGGAGCCUAGAUGACGUUAGUGUCGAGGGCGUUGGGGUGUGUGCGAAGGUGGACAGUCCCUGCUACUUCCUGACGGAGUCGCUGACGGCGGGCACUCUCAGGCACUGCAUCACCAUCGCCAAUUCGGCAGGAGGCGGGAGCAAUAAUAUCUCUCAGUGUGACGCGUCUUACACGCCAUUUAAGGAGAUGACCGAAACCCCGAGGCUGGAGUUGAUCGACGGAAUGUCACUGAGAGUCACUCUGUCUGCACUACCAACAGGGACUCUCGAAGUGGUAGUUUUCAACCCGGUGACUGAUGGCCUUCUGAGUGGCACAACUCCAGAGUGCAUUCCCGAGCCAGAUGGAUCUUGCAGUCAAGAGGUAAAUAUCCCACAGGAACUGAAGGAUUUCGAAGUCCUCGUGGUGGCGGUAGGCGAGGAGGGGGACGUGAGGGAGUCCGCCCUGGCUGCGUUUAGUGACUUGAAGGUUUCCACAAGACAACUGACCGAUGACAUGCUAGAGGUUUCAUGGACAUCGAGCCAACCCGAAGAUUACUCUGUUUCUCUUCUCUCGCCUGUUCUUUCUUCUUCUCCUUCUCAUUCUUCUUUCUCUCCUUCUUCCACUGCCUCUACCCCAACCUCUCCCACAUCCCCAUCUCCUUCUCCCUCCCCUUCCUCCUCUUCCCCCUCUUCUUCUUCUACUUCUCCCUCUCCUUCCUCUACUCCAUCCCCUCCUCCUCCUACUCCUCCUGCUUCUCUCUCUCCCCUUUCCUCAGUCAUAGAGAUAAAAAGAACUUGUACAGACUAUCACUGUUGGGUUCAUUUCGCUCACCUGGUUCAAGGGGAAACAUACACGGUUCAAGUACACAGAGCAGGCGAUGACAAGGUCUCCAUAGGGGCGACCGCGGCCAUGAAUACGCCAUCUGAAAAUCUCCCUUCGAAGUGCCCCGUCGUCUCCAUCACCACCACCUCCAGCAACACCACCCAACUCGGGGUCAACUUCCCCGCGUCCUUCGAAGCCACCUCAGCUUACCUGGAUCUCCGGUUGGAAGGUGAGGCCAAGGAGCUCGGCUGGGAGGCUGUGCGGGUGCAGGAGACAGUCACCUUCGAAGUGACUCACGAAGGGCAGCUCCUCCCCGAUGGACAAAAGGUCUUGCUCGUGUUCUCGGCCGUAGAUGACAAUGCGUCGAAGUACUGUGUUGGGGAGGCAGUCGUGACGCUGCAAGCCCUGGACGCCCGUCUGUCGUGGGUGGGCACUGAGUACGACCCAGAGGAGUCGUCCCUCCGCGUUGAUACUGGAUCCCUCGAAGAAGUUGUCGUAAAAGAAGGAGUUGUUUGCAUGAAGGAAAAAAGCCCAUGUUAUUUUCUCCACGACAAACUGCCUGAGACUGUUCUUCGGUGCGGGACUUUAAGCACUGAGGACGGCCAGACGAUUAGCCAGUGUGAGGUGUAUGUCAGUCCGUUCCAAGUCCUUCCCGAAACCCCCAUCUUGGACCUGUACGACCUGAAGGAGAUACGACUCGCCUCCUCCACCGCCUUCCCGAGGGCAGAGCUGGUUGUCUUUCGCCUCGACACGAACGCCAUCUUGUCUCCCGACGACUACGCGUGCACGGAGGGUCGUGCGAAGUCGUGCUCGCAGCAGGUGGCCAUUCCCUACGACCUGAAGAUGUUUGAGGUCGUGGUCGUGAUGCUGGACGAGGAGGACGACGUCGAGGGGUCGUUCGCGCUGCCCUUCCAAGUAUACAAGGCGGACGUCGACCAGCUAAGCCUCGAUGUCUUCCGCGUUAGCCUGGGCAGCUGGAACCCCACCGGAGGCUACGUAAUAAAGCUAAACGGAGAAGCUAAUGUCCAGUGCGAGGAUAACACACCGGGCGAGCCACUGUGUCAGGCUUCCUUCUGUCGUGUGAAGGAGACUGAUGAAGUCACCAUUAAGAAAACUGCAGACACGAACAGCGUUACGUAUCCUGUGGUGCAUGGAGAAACACCUCUAAAAUCAGUCAUCAGCAGCGUCACGUCCCUCAGCCACAGCCCUGCAGGGGAGGUGCGCGUGCGGGUCACGGGCAGCAGCGGCGUCCAGAGUGCCGAGUACGUUACUUUCGCCUCCAACGUCGCUACGACCUCCGAGGGUUACGAUCUUGCGAAUGCGACGUCGGAAUACAGCUUGGACGUCCCUUCACGCGGGGAGGGUCAGUGGGACUUCGUUGUUCUCGGGUAUGACGAGAAUGGGACGCUGCUCGAAGUAGGGCAGGCUUAUGUCGCCAUUCAGGCCCUGGACGCCGCGGUGGACGAGGUGUGGAAGGAGAACGCCAUAACGUCCUUCAGAUUAGCCACAGGCACGCUUCAGGAGGUCGUGUUAGAGGACGCGGGUUCUUGCCAGGCGACAGAAAGCCCUUGCUACUUUCUCGAGGUGUCCAAGGAGCCUGUCGUCCGGGCCCACUGCAUCGACAUCGUCAAUAACGCGGAAGGAGAGGGAGAGAGGGCGUCGGUGGUGCAACAGUGUGAUGACUCCACGGGGACGUUCAACUCGCUUCAGGGUAACUUCAGCCUCACACAGGAAGGAGACAAGAUGGUCGUCAGCGGGGACUUCCCUGGCAACGCGGCGGUGGAAAUCACGAUCUACGACCCCGCCGCUCCCACGGACAUCCUUUCUGAAGGCGUGGCUUCGUGUGAGGAGAAGGAGGAGGGGAGGAAAAAGGAGGAGAACGAGGUCGCCUUCAGGUCUUCAGCGAGGAUCUGUUCCCAGGACUUCAGAUCCCCGAAGGACAGUCGUUCUCUGCGGGUGCUGGUCGUGGCUCUGGACGCCGACGGGGUGGCGGUGGAGGGGGGGCAGCUCCUAGCAUUCGAUUAUACGGAAACCGGAACAGCUGUUUGGGUUAUAGUCGUUUCUGUCCUGGUGUCUCUUCUCGUUGUCGCACUCGUUGGCUUCGGCAGCGUCUUCAUUGUAAAGAAGAAGAAAAAGGAGAAGAUCCACGACGAAAACAGCAGUGUGAGUGAAGUAAGUUUGCAUUCGCUUGAUCUCCGACCCUGGGAACACGAACACAGAUGGCGUAGCAAGCGGGAGCCAGAGCCAAGUGCCAUGUUCGACCCAACAAGAACUCGCCCUCUGGUUUUGCCUCGUUUUGCCUUUGACCGUCAAACUUCAGGAGAUUCUGUCAUAGAAACUUAUAGAUACGUGGGUCGCUAUCAGAAUUCUUUACUCUAAGGGCGAGAAAACAAGGCCUAUUCAGAAUCCCCGUCUGUCUUUGCACCCUAAAGAGUCAUGCCUGAAAGAGGAAUGAACAUGACCAUAAUUCAGCUGAGCUUAAGCGGAAUCCUAUUGUAUAUAGAUUAAGAUUAAUUUUCACCAAGCUAUGGCCGUUUCUUACUGUAUUUUCUGUGUCUGAUUAUUUGUGAUUUUUUUCCAAUAAAGUUGAUAAUCUAGAAAGCAAAUUUGACCUCGUUGAUGAUACACACGGUUCUCUGAUAUAUUCAUUCUGUUGAUGUCUGAUUUCUUAAAAUUGCUUCAUACCAUGGUGCAAAAAGCCUUACGUAUGUGUGCACGCACACACACACACAGAUAUAUGUGUGUGUGUGUAUCUCUCCACGUAUGAAUAUGUAAUAAUGAUAUGAAUAUAUGAUAAUGAUAUCUACAGUUAUUCAAGGAAUAAAAUGUUUGUUUUUCAA